UCCCACAGAAUCAUGAUAUUUCAUUAUCCCAUCAAAUCAAUCAAAAACCCCAACACAAUUCCCUGCUUCGGCUGCUACCACGCGUGGUGCUGGUCUCCCCAUAUCAGAACCUUCAAAACCAUUGUGUCCACGUGUCCGUAUCUGACAAGCGAAUGCAUCGGGCCAGAGUGGUCCAUCAAGCAGAGCGUCUCGUAAGUGUGACCCAGACGCUGACGAGGAUCCACGUGGCGGGGACAGUUCCGAUCCGAUCCGUUACAAUCGCUUCAUGCUGUUUCUUCAGUUUCUCACUCCAAACAACACAAAAUCAAAUCGCUCUCCUUUUCAUGAUUUUCCGCUGAGUCCUUCUCUUUUUCUCUUUCUCGCUCUUAGAACGACAAUGCCGUUUGGUGGUACCGGAUGAAACGCGGCCUCGUGGAAGGGGUUGCAUAGGUGGGAAUCUGGUGCCGGAGGGUGCAUAGGGAUUCUACAAUGGGGAGUUGUGAUCGUUCUUUCCUUUUGUGAUUCAAAUCUAAAGAGAAAGAGAGAGGGAGUUGCUGUUGUUGAGUUUUAUGAUGGCUGAAUUGGUGGCCCGAACGGGUCGGCAUCAGCAGCGAUACGAACAUGGGUAUCGACUAAUCGCAGGGUGUGUUCCAUUUAGAUAUAGAGACGGCAAUGGCUGUGGGGAUUCUUCUGAAAAGACUGUCGAAGUGCUUAUGAUUAAUUCAACCAGUGGACCAGGUCUUUUAUUUCCGAAGUGUGGUUUUGCUUUGCUAUUGAAGGGAGGUUGGGAGAAUGAUGAAACUGUUGAGGAGGCUGCUGUAAGAGAAGCUAUUGAAGAAGCGGGAGUUCGAGGAGAUCUAAUGCAUUUUCUUGGGUACUAUGAAUUUAGGAGUAAGACCCUCCAAGAUGAGUGCAGUCCAGAAGGUUUAUGUAAAGCAGCAAUGUUUGCAUUGUUUGUGAAAGAGGAACUUGAGUCAUGGCCGGAGCAAAGCACAAGAAAAAGGAGUUGGUUAGCUGUAUCUGAGGCACUGGGAAGCUGCCGGCAUGCAUGGAUGAGGGAUGCCCUGGAAUGCUUCUGUAAAUGGCAUGAGGAGUGCAAUGGAGGAUCGAGACUGCACUAGGGCCCAAUCAUUAAAAUAUUAGGGACAGUUCUUAUAGCAAAGAUAUUUUUCCUAUCAGGAUGACAUAGGCAGAGUCCAGAUUCCCGGUUUUUUUUUUUUUUUUUCUUUUUGCUGUUCUCUGCUGAGAUUAAAAAUAUCUUGAUGAUGGUACUUUAAAAAUCUUUUUAAUAUAUUUUAAAACAUCAAAAACAGUA